AUGGCUGAGACGCAGGAUACCGAGAUGGGCGUGGAUUUGGCAAGCAUCCCUAUCGAUCGAAAUUAUGACCUUCCUACCGGUGCCGGCGGGGUUGCACCCGAAAAAGCAUCUGCUAUCCUCUCUCAAUUCGACCGGAAAAGACGACUGGCCAUGCUGGCCGUCCCCACGGAUGACGGAAAAGUAAGGGCAAGGUUGCGCGAACUUGGCGAGCCUGUCACACUUUUUGGAGAAGACGCUGCGGACAGACGAGCUCGCUUGCGGGAAUUGUUGUUGGACCAAGAGGAUGCUGCUGGUGCAGAUGGAGCUGUUGCCGACGUACAGAUGCGUGAAGCGGAGGAAGAUCCCGAUCAAGAAGAAGAAUUCUACACCGAGGGUCUACCACAACUGCUCGAAGCGAGAAGAGCGAUGGCUAGAUACUCCCUACCAAGGGCAAAGGCGCGGAUACAGAGGCAGCGAGAAGACUCGACCAUUCCGCUGCGCACACACAUCAAGCACCGCAAGGAAAUCAAAGAGAAGCUACAAGGGUUCGAACUGUUCGGAACACAAAUUGCUGGAGAGCGACCCGUUAGCAUCACCCGAUUUGCUCCAAAUGGCGAGAUAAUUGCCGCCGGCAAUUGGGGAGGUGGCAUUAAGUUGCUCGACGUCCCGAACCUGGACGAAAAGGUGACCCUGAGAGGUCAUACAGGCAUUGUGGGUGGGAUUGCGUGGUAUCCUGGUGCAACACUCCAAGAGUCCAACGUGUCGCCAGAUUCCCUGAAUAUUGCAAGUGGUGCUGGCGGGCAAGGAGGAGAAAGUGACAUUCAUCUGUGGUCUUUAAACAAGGAGACUCCAAUUGGCACUUUGCAGGGACAUACGGAUCGUGUUUGCAGGGUCGAGUUUCAUCCCUCGGGGAAAUAUCUUGCAUCAGCCUCGUUUGACACAACGUGGCGAUUAUGGGAUGUGGAAACGACAACUGAGCUCUUUUUACAAGAAGGACACUCGAGGCAAGUCUUCGCUGUCAGUUUUAACACCGACGGCUCAUUGCUGGCAAGCGGAGGAUUUGACAGUAUAGGAAGAAUCUGGGAUCUGAGGACAGGGCGCACGGUCAUGAUCUUGGAAGGCCACAUCCGUGAGAUCUUCUGCCUGGAUUGGGGUAUUGACGGAUAUCGCAUCCUCUCAGGCUCUGGGGACGGAUGGGUCAAAUGCUGGGAUCUCCGUCAAGUGCGCAAUGUGGGAGGAAUUGGUGCGCAUAAUGGCAACGUGUCCGACCUGAAAUGGUUCAAAGGCCUCGAUGGCGACAGAUCAUCCUUGGUGGAGAGCAGUGGCGUCAGACAGGAGCACAAUCCUCGAAAAGCCGGCACAUUCUUUGUGACGAGUGGCUUUGACAAGAACGUCAACAUCUAUUCGGCGGAUGAUUGGUCGUUUGUGAAGCAGCUCAGCGGACACGCAGGCAACGUGCUCAGCGUCGAUGUUACCAACGACGCCAAGUGGAUUGCCAGCAGUGGUCAUGACAGAACUGUGAAGCUCUGGGGGCGUGAUGAUGGCCAAGGCAUAUGA